AUGGAACCACACCGCAAGAAAAAAGUCGACUACUACCCGACGAUCGACGAGAUUCUGCAUGAUCCACCGGUCAAGUGUAACGACUGUGGACAAGACUUCCGGAACUCUUCAGCAUGCAGAUUUCAUCAAUUGAAAAUGCAUCCGAACGGUGGAUGCCAGGAACCGAACGAUGAACGAAUUGUGAGCAGAACCUUUGCAGAGCCAAGUAUUGCCAAAGCCUUCUACUGUCCUCACCCCGACUGUGUGAUAGACGGAAAAUGGUUCGAAGGGAUUCGCUAUCUCCGACAACACUAUAAACGGACUCAUGUCGAGAAGAAGUUUGUCUGCGAGAUGUGUGGACACAAGUUGUCGUUGGCCAAGGAUAUGAACUAUCAUAGAAAAGUCAGAUGUGCGGUUGUGAGAAAACAAAAAGCACCUCCGGCCUCUCCGUCUUGUCCUGGUGCUCCGGCCUCUCCAUCCUUUCCUGGUGCUCCGGCUGGUCCUUCUGGUCCGGCGUUUCCUGGGGCUCCGUCUUGUCCUGGUGCUCCGGCGUUUCCUGGGGCUCCGGCUGGUCCGGCUGGUCCUUCUGGUCCGGCGGCUCCUUGUCCGCGUUGUCCGUUCUUUCCGGCUGGUCCAGGAGCUCCGGCCUCUCCGUCUUGUCCUGGUGCUCCGGCGUCUCCUUGCUCUCCAGCGGCUCCUGGUUGUCCAUCUUGUCCUGGGGCUCCUGGGGCUCCAGAUUGUCCGUCGGCUCCUGGGGCUCCGGCUGGUCCGUCUGGUCCAGCUGGUCCUGGCUCUCCGGCUGGGCACUUGAUGCAUCCUCCAACAUCUUGGGAGUUGACGAUUCCUACUCCAUUGACUCCGUUCUUUCCGGCUUGUCCUGGAGCUCCAUCCUCUCCUGGGGCUCCUGGAGCUCCUGGUGGUCCGGCUGGUCCAGCUGGGCAGUUGUUUGGCUGA